ACAGAGGGGCUCUUUUCUAUUUUAAAAGUUACAAUUCCCAGGAAACGAUUCAGCUGUUUAAGAUUUUGGGAAGGAGGCCAAGUCUCUGUAUUCAGUUCGGAUCAGGUCCCGCCCUACAGGAUUGUUUUGCUGUCACAUUAACACCAGUGUUAGAGGCUGAACUCAUUGUGUCACUGAGCCCUACGCAGGAUUUGUGGUUAUUCAAGUCGAGAAAUAGAGUGUUUGUAAUUUACGACAAGCAGAGAGUAAUUACAGGAGCAUAAGAGAUGCAGCUCUCUCGCUACGGUGACUGUCGCUGAACCAUGAAACCAUCUCUCUUAUGGAUUGUUUUUGUCUGCACUCUGUGCUUUCUUUUUGGGUUCUUCUACAGAUUUACACAAAUAGAAUCUUUUAGCAGACACUACCCCCAUGAGAUCCAUGAAGAUACACAGUCAGGGUCUUCUCCAGCUCCAGCUCCAUCCCCUGAAGAUAAAGAGCUGCAGAACUUGCUGACAAUGACAGCAUGGAACAUUGCUCCACUCCCUGGUGCCUUCCAGCUUUCCACAAGUCAUAGAACUUCUUCCUACACGUUACUGCACCCCCGUCCCACCUAUACCAUGGGAGAAACCAUAGAAGUUCUAAUCACAGUCAAGGACCACAAAGGUCGCCCAAAGACAUAUGGGGGAGAUUUCUUUAAUGUGAAACUUUACUCUGCCAGUAUGAAAGCCGGAGUCAGUGGAUCUGUCCAAGACUAUAACAAUGGGACCUACACAGCAACGUUUCUUCUCGUCUGGCCAGGAGAGACGAAGAUCUCAGUUAGACUUAUCCAUUCAAGUGAGGCCAUUGCUAUUCUACAUGAGAAGAGAGACUCACGUCCGGACAAGGUAUACUUCCAUGGGCACUUUCAAUUAAAUGGAACCAGAGAAGUGGUGGAGUGUAACUUUGACCUCCCUGGACGAGAUGUUUGUGAAUAUUACGACGCAGGCAGCGGUGAGAAGUGGGUGUGCCUCCGGCCGAAGAACCUCCCUUGUAACUCAUAUCGGGAACACUCUUCUGGAGGCAACCGUGAUAUCCUCAAUAAUACGGAGAAGCAAUUCCUCUCAAUGUCUUUUACUGACCAGGAAAUUCCAAAUAAUCUGAAACCACUGAAUGUACUGCCGACAAAUAUCAGCAGGGAUGGGAGAAGGACAAAGUGCACAUCAGGGUUACCAAUUCCAGAUCCUUCAGGGUUUUAUUAUCGGGAUUUGUGGGAGUCUCUUGUCUGUUCCAACCAGCAUUUCCCUGAUGGUUCCAGUGUAGCCAGUUGUCUGGCUGGAAAAAGUGUCUACAUGUUUGGAGAUUCCACCCUGCGCCAAUGGUGGGAGCAUAUAGUUGACUUUGUACCCUCACUCAAGCAGAUAGACCUCCAUUUGGAACACAAUCCAGGUCCUCUGCUAGCAGUAGACACAGAGCAUAAUUACUUGGUCCAGUGGAGAGCUCAUCAGAAGCCAUUGCGCAUGGAGAAGACUUGGAUAAGGGAACUUCACUCCAUUGCGUCGGAACUGGACAAUUUGGGAGGACGAAAAGAUAUGGUUAUAGUUUUCAAUUGCUGGGCUCAUUUCCUCACCUUCCCCAUAGAAAUAUAUGUACGACGACUUCGUGGAAUCAGAGAUGCAGUUAAAAGGUUAUUGGAGCAUAACCCUAAAAUCAAGAUCCUUAUAAAAUCAGCCAACACCGGGUAUCGAUUUGACCAUGGAAGUGACUGGCUCUCUAUUCAGCUUGACACAGUGAUGAGAGCCAUGUUCUCAGACUUGCCAGUCACUAUACUGGAUGUUUGGCAGAUGACUUCCUGCCACCGAGAGCCAGAAAAUCUCCAUCCGCCAAAAGUCAUUGUCAAGAAUGAAGUUGACUUAAUGCUCUCAUUUAUCUGCCCUUCCUGAGAUUAUUACAAUUGCCCCUUUUUUCCUGGAGUAGAUAAAGAGUCUUUUUUUCUUGUACAGAACUACUUGUUUUAUGAUAGGUUGGCGGGUUAAUUUAUACAUUUUAUUAUACAUUUAUUAUACAUUUUUAAGUCCUCCAGUCAAAAACUGCCUCAUCUUUGAUUUUAGAAGAAAAUCCAGAUUCCCAGAUUCAGUUCGGGAUUCGGGCCAAAUCCAGGCUUUUUGUUUUUUUUUAAGGAUUCGGUUUCGGCCGAAUCCACGGUCCUGGCCGAACCAAAUCCAAAUCCGAAUUAACAUAAAUUAGCAUAUGCUAAUUAGCAUUCGGAAAGGAUUAAAUGGUCAUAUAGGGUUUAUGUCAUAAUGACAUGCUCUAGAGAAGUGAUCCCCAACCAGUUGCUCAGCGGCAACAUGUUGCUCCACAAUCCCUUGGAUGUUGCUCUCAGUGCCCC